AGCUGCGUGGCGGGCACCCUGUAGCACCGCAAACCUCUUCGAUUCCCCUUUUCAACUUUAAAUUCCUUCCCUCGUGAGGAUGGUAUGGCUGCGACGUUCUGCGGUGCUGCUGUCGAUCUGUGGGGCGACACUCCUCCUGACGCUUUUCUGCGUGCCAUUCAAGCGCAGCGCCAACCCAUUUGGCGUGCGCUGUGGGCGCAAUGCCUCGACCAACAGGAACGAGUGAAGCCGCUUUCAGGCGAAAGGAAAGAAGGACACGAUCGCCCUCUCCAAGGUGGCCUGGCAAAGGCGGAUGCAGCGGUGAUUGUGGCAGGAUUUGUGCUGAGUGUGACACGCUCUACCGUGACCGCGGCUGCCAUCGCUGCCGAAGCAAACACCGUUGAUUCCCCGUCAGAGACGAAUGCGCACCCAUUGCCAUUGUCACGGGGGGCCAGGCGGUACCUUUGCGUCUCCCUCGGCUCCGGGUCUCGCUGCCUCGGCGUGCGUGACGCAGCAUCCAACACUGCCGAAGAGGAGCUGCAGCGCGCCUUUGAGCUGCGCGACGGCCACGCGGAAGUGAUGGCGCGUCGUGGUUUGCUUGCGUUUCUGAUCGAGCUCGCCGAAUGCGGUGUGCGAGCUUCAAAUCAAGAAGAGGCCAUUCACGUUCCCUUCUUGCAGAGGGUCAUCGUGCCUGCUGAGACUUCGAACACGUCGACGUUAACAGCCAACAGGUGUGGGUGGGCGUUGCAGGACGAUGUUGAGGUGCAUCUCGUGUGUUCGCGGUGGAUGUGUGGAUCUUUGGCAGCGGUCGCGGGUGGCGCCGGUCGCAGCGGCCAUCUUUUACUACGUGCCGGUUGCCGCUGCUGGGCAAACAAGUCGGCUGAACGAACAGCGGAGCAAGAGGAGGAAGUGCAAGGCCAUGUGUGUGCCGGCGGACACGCCGCAGCGCCGUCUCCGAUCCUUCACGUACAGAAGCAUGUAGUCGCUGCUCACUGCUCCCCGCUGGACGACGCUGGGAAGUACGCCAAAUGCGCGCGUGUUAAGCCUGGCCGAGGGCGGCCAAAUCUGACGAUGUCCUGCACGGACAAGGUGUGGCGGUGGAGCGUGCUGGGGCUGCAGGGCCGCCGACGAGCGACGUUGUUCCCGAAACCGAUGCGCCUAUCGUCGGUGCACGUACUCCGAUCGCCCAACGCGCCGCCGGCGUCGAUGGCCGAGAGUGUUGCAGGCGCCGCCGCGAGAGCGCGGGAGCUCUUCCAGUGGAGGACGCGGUCGUGGUGGCCGGCGCUGGAUGCCGCGGAGCUCGCACGCGUCACGCCCACGUUCUCCUUCUUUUUCGCACCUUCACGCACCGGUGCGGCGGCUCCCUCGGUGUCUUCGUCCCCGCCUCUGGUGGGAAAUGAGCGCGAGGACAGCAGCUACUCUCGCUCCCGGUGGCUGACGGUGCACCACCCACCCGCCGCUUCCUCCCCUACCCAACUGCGCAAACGAGAGCGAGAGGAAAGCGCGGGGGUAGACGGCGCGGGUAGGUGCGCGGCUCUGCGGUGCGAUUGGCACGUAGAACACACCUCUGCUAGCCACAAUUCUCUCGUGCUCAACACCAAGGCGGGGCUCCCGCAGGGUAUGACCGCCCGCGCCCUCCAAAGACGCGGCGGUCUGCCAACAAAAAACUCAAAUGCUGCUGCAGCGGAGACGGAGACGCGUGCGUCUGUGUCGGCAACGACAGAAUCCAUGUGGCGACACUGCCCCCUCUCACGGCCAUGGAUGGCGCACCACGUGGAGCGUGCCAGUGCGGCAGCCAACAGCGCCGCAGCGACGGCUUCGUGUACUCUUCCCUCUUCUUCCUCUUUUCUGGACUCCAUGACGCUUCUGCCUAUGGGACAGCUUGCCCACCAGCACCAUGUGCGGCCAGAACAGGCGGGCAAUGACAACACCUUGUUUCUGUGGACUACAACGGAAGGCAAUGCAGAGGAGGAGACAGAGGCGGUCGAGAACACGCGGCGCUCCUGCAUGUCAGAUGUGGAGGACAGUGCGUCAGCCCUCUGA